AUGGCUCAACGCCAGCUCUCGCGCACUCUGCCGAAGAAUUUCACCUUCUCCCUCGACGACAAUGAACCCAAGACGCCUGAGCGCCCUUGCCCAACGAUUGAUGUCCCACCACCCCCACGUCACUCUAUCUCCAGCGCCCGCCUGCCCCGAGUCCGGGCUCGUGCAGGUACCAAUGUCUGCGCUCGCAUGGACAGCGAGAUCUUCCAGUUCCAGGGCGCAGAUGCUCCCCUGCCUUCAAUCGAAGUGCCUGUAUUGACCACUGAACCCGAGGCGCCUGCUCCACGUGAUUUCGCCAACGAUGAGGGUUAUCUUGCGCCUCCGCGUUCGCGACUGGAAUUCAAGACGCCGCCUGCACAAAUUCGUGGUACACCUUUCGACUCGUGCGACACUGGGAACCCGUGGCCAUCGUGGGACCAGACGCCUGGCCCACACCUCAUCAAGCGCCCAGGCUCGGCCUGUUCGAGUGCGUCAAACUCUUCAGUCGAAUCUAUCGAAACAUAUGCCUCACGACCAUCCAUUGGAAGUUGCACCAGUGUCGAAAGCGAUGGCUUUGACUCUUAUUUCCCCUUGGAGCAUGCGAAAGAACCUGAGAUUGAGUCGCCCUCGCGACCCCAGAAGCAGCGAUCCAAUAUGAAGGUGAACCACACGACUUGGACUUGUGAGAUGGACAACCACCUGUGGAAUACCUAUCAAAUCUACCUUCAGGACCCUACUUUGACUCCAUUCAAGAUGACACCCGGCAGUAUCCCCCCUUUGGGAGUCACCUCGCGUGUUGCGCGACGUGCUAAGAAGACAUGGGAGAAGAAGAGCAGUCGAAUCGUUAAUUCGGCAUCGAAGACAUCUGGAGAUUCUACUGGAUUAUCUACCCCCAAGGCUGUGGAUGAAGGCAGCCGACUUUCAUGGCCCAAGUCCGACUCCAAGACAAGACGACGUCUGAAGAUGCUGUGUCGGCGCAAGUUCUCGAUUUCCCCACACUAUCAGCGCAUCAUGCAGUCUCGCACCCCCGAGCCCGUUCCGCAGAUGUUCGGCCCUCCUACGGAUUCCCGCAUCCAGGAUUUCGCCGUGCAGUCGGCCUACGGUACUCGUGACCUCGGCAUGUCUCUUGUCAGCUCCUAUGAGCCGACUCCGCUCUCCCAGAUUACGCAGGAUCUGCCACACGUGAGUGACGAUUGGUUCAACAAUCCUCCGCAUGCCAAUGUUGAGCCACCAGUGGCACGGACUCCCCAACAUCUUCGUGUUGAAUCUGCUCCUAGCAUCCCUCGUUUGGGAUCUCCAUUUGUGUACAGUACUUGGGGCCCGGGUGAUUCGAACCGCCAAAUUCCGGCGUUCAAUGCUCGACGUGAUACCGUCCAUGUUCCGGGUUAUCGUGCCCGGCGCAACACAUACCUGGACCAGACUUUGCACGAUCCCGACGAUGUGUUCUCCAGCAUAGCGAAAGAGAACAGGAAGACUACAUCCGACCAAGAUGAUGAACGUCGCCUGGAAGGCUAUGUGCGUGACAACAAGUUCCAAGACAUGGGCCAUGGCAGGGUUCGUGUUCGCAACCGUGGAGCUACCACUGGGGCCGUCAACCAAAGAGACAUGGACCAGCUUUUCUCACCACCCUCUUCCCUCAACUCGGGCCCCAUUGAACCUGAAGAGACCACUCCCGUUGCAAAGCCCAUGAACCCUCUGUUGGACCUUGGUGAAAACAUCAAGCGUCUGGGCUCACCCUUCCGCAUCGAAGGGGGCAACAAGCGUCGCGAAACUCCAAAGCGAAGGAGUAGACGCGCCCCUGCACUUGCGGAUCCAUUCUUGAGCGGUGGUGCUUCAAACAUUGCGCCUAGUCACAACGCUUCUCCAAUGACAGUCUCUCCGACCCAGGAUCCUGCAAAAGUCGCGAGCCCCUUGCGAUACAAUGUCUAUGAGGGUCUUUCUGAUGCUGAGCGCAUCCGCCGGCAAAUCUUGAACAUGUCUUCCAUACGUAACUAG